CAGGCGCGGCCCGCGCUGCCGCCCCAGCGCUGUGGGGAACAAAGGGAGCGCGGCCGGGCCCGGAGCCGAAUUACAAAUAUAAUGUCAGGUGGCUGAAAAUUUGACUGUCAAAAUGUCAAAAAGGCCAUCUUAUGCUCCGCCUCCUACCCCAGCUCCCGCAACCCAAAUGCCCAGCACACCAGGGUUUGUGGGAUACAAUCCAUACAGCCAUCUGGCCUACAACAACUACAGGCUGGGAGGGAACCCGGGCACCAACAGCCGGGUCACGGCGUCCUCUGGUAUUACCAUUCCAAAGCCCCCCAAACCCCCAGAUAAGCCUCUGAUGCCCUACAUGAGGUACAGCCGGAAGGUCUGGGACCAAGUGAAGGCGUCCAAUCCUGAUUUGAAGUUAUGGGAAAUUGGCAAGAUUAUUGGAGGAAUGUGGCGAGAUCUCACUGAUGAAGAGAAGCAAGAGUAUUUGAAUGAAUAUGAAGCUGAAAAGAUAGAGUACAAUGAGUCCAUGAAGGCCUACCAUAACUCCCCGGCAUACCUGGCCUACAUAAAUGCCAAAAGUCGUGCUGAGGCCGCGCUGGAAGAAGAAAGCCGCCAGCGGCAGUCGCGCAUGGAGAAAGGUGAACCCUACAUGAGCAUCCAGCCCGCAGAGGAUCCGGACGAUUAUGAUGAUGGGUUUUCUAUGAAGCACACAGCUACAGCUCGUUUUCAAAGAAACCAUCGUCUCAUCAGUGAGAUCCUGAGUGAAAGCGUGGUGCCCGAUGUGCGCUCCGUUGUCACUACGGCGAGAAUGCAAGUUCUUAAACGUCAGGUUCAAUCUUUAAUGGUUCAUCAGCGUAAACUGGAAGCUGAGCUUCUGCAAAUCGAAGAGCGUCACCAAGAGAAGAAGAGGAAGUUCUUGGAAAGCACAGAAUCCUUUAACAACGAGCUCAAAAGGCUCUGCAGUUUGAAGGUUGAAGUGGAUAUGGAAAAAAUCGCAGCUGAAAUUGCUCAAGCUGAGGAACAGGCUCGCAAGAGGCAGGAGGAAAGGGAGAAAGAAGCAGCCGAGCAAGCUGAGCGCAGUCAAAAUAAUGUAGCAGCUGAGGAAGAACAGGCAGCUAGCAAGAUGGAGGAGAAGAAAGAAGAGGAGAACACUCCCAUGGAGACAGAAGAGCCUCAUCCAGAAGAGAGUUCAGAAAACCAGCAGAACGGUGAAGAAGGAACAUCCACCCCCGAGGACAAGGAGAGUGGCCAAGAAGGGGUCGAUAGCACUGCAGAGGAGGGGACCAGUGAUAGCAACACUGGUUCAGAGAGCAACAGUGCGACCGUUGAGGAGCCUCCUGCAGACCCUAUCACUGAGGAUAGCGAGAAGAAAGAAUAAAUACUGACUCAUUUCAUGUGUCUCUUUUUAAUGAAGUAUUGUUUUGAGUUCAAAAUGUGCUGUAUGGCUUUUGUACCCUCCUGCCUGUAUCAUUUAUCACCAAAGGAUACUGGCUUUUAUUAAUGUGUCAGAUAUCAGCAUAGUAGUUUAAAAGGGUCAAUUAGGGGCAAAGUAUGUCUUAAAAAAGAAAACAUCUCAUUCUUAAACACAGCCCCGCAGUAGGGAGAGAUGUUAUUUGAGAUUUCUUCCUCUCAAAAGAUUUGUGUUGGUUUUUGUCUUUACAUUAGAAAUCAGGCUGGUUUCUAGUUUCAUGAUCUCAGUGAAAAUGUCUUUUCUUCGGGGCCUGUUUUGUUCCUCUGUAGCUGCUGUGAGAUGUACACACGUUACUGUGUGUGCGGCGACUCAACAGUGUCGUCCAGGCUUAGCUUUACUGAUGGCCUGAUGUGCUCCCUACGUCUCCGAAGCCCGGCCCGUCGCACUGGCUGAUACAGGGGAACAUUUGCACCUAGAGAUGCGUUUGACACGGGACAACUGAAGAACAUUCUGCUUAUAGUACCUGCUUUCCAGUUAGGUGAGGACGUCACUAAUGCAUCGUUUAGUUGGCAUUAGUAUUGAGCAAGGCCACAUUACCACUUUACAUCUGGGUAGAAUCAAGAGCAUUUCCUUGGUUCAACACCAAGACACAGCAGUGGCGGGUGUGUGAUGGCUGCUGGUUCAGUUCUUCCCCGUUAGGAUGUCUGCUGCCGCUGCCCCGCUCGCUCCUCGGAAAGCUUUUGGUACACGGGCAGUGCUCCUGGAUGAGGCUGAGGCCCUUGCUUCCAGUCUGGCUUUCUCUUCUGUGCACUAGUUGCUUUAGAGCUAAGGAAGUUUGCUCAUCCUCUGCACACAACGUCUCAGGAGGUGCCUUUCCAAGCCAAGAGCAGUCCCCUUGAAAUAACCUGACUGCAUUAGGUCUUAGGGUUUGGGUUUUUUCGUAUGUCUUUUCAAGAGUCAAUGCUUCUCUUAACGUUUAACUCUUAUUUCCAGCGCAAUCUCAUGGUAUGACCUCAGCCAAAGAUACAGCAAAAUACAAAGGAGGAGAGUGUUGAAACAUGUUCUUUUAUCUGUUGAGCUCACGCUGAUGAAGUCAGUACAAACAGCGAAGAAAAAAAAUAGUGGUUUUGCUUGCCAUAACCUUUCAAAACUUCUGGCAAUGCUACAGAAGUACUGAAAAGGCCACGUUGUACCCUGUAUAAACACAAGCCCUAUCUGAAGAAAAAAAUGCUCUGAUUACAAAAGCAGAUACAAGCCGUUUCAUGACUCCAACUGUAAAAGAACACGAUGCAUAUGCUUCAAUUAUCUAGUAUGUUUUUACUGAAUAGUGGGUAUAUCA